UGCUGUUUUCAGGACUUGGUAAUUUCGAACCGAAAAAUGCAGAGGAACGUUCCGGACCAGGCGAAAAUGGCGAAGCACACCAACUCUCUGCUGACAAGAAGAAUAAAGCAGACGAGUCAGAAAUGGAAUAUGGCAUGAAUAUCGCAUGCUCCGAUGAGAUAUCAAUGCAUCGUUCUGUGCGUGAUACGCGUUUAGAGGAGUGUAAACGUUGGGACUAUCCAUAUGAUUUACCAAAAACUAGCGUCAUUGUUGUUUUUCAUAAUGAAGGAUUCUCAGUGCUUAUGCGCACUGUUCAUUCAGUGAUUGACCGCUCACCGAAACAUGUAUUGCAUGAAAUUAUUUUGGUUGAUGAUUAUUCAGACAAGCAAGACUUACGUGAGAAAUUAGAAAAGUAUCUGGUUCAAUUCGAUGGAUUAGUAAGACUGAUCCGCAAUGAAGAACGCGAAGGACUUAUCCGUACACGCUCGAGGGGUGCACAAGAAGCCACAGGCGAAGUAAUUGUUUUUCUCGAUGCUCAUUGUGAAGUGAAUACGAACUGGUUACCACCGCUCUUAGCACCCAUAUACCGGGAUCGAACUGUCAUGACUGUGCCUAUUAUUGAUGGGAUUGAUCAUAAAACCUUCGAGUAUCGCCCUGUUUAUGGUGGCGAUUCGCAUUUUCGCGGAAUAUUUGAAUGGGGCAUGUUGUACAAAGAAAACGAAGUGCCUAGACGGGAACAAAGACGCCGUGCUCACAAUUCAGAGCCAUAUCGCAGUCCUACACAUGCUGGUGGUCUAUUUGCCAUUAAUCGCGAAUACUUUUUGGAAUUGGGUGCAUACGAUCCAGGUUUAUUGGUAUGGGGUGGCGAAAACUUUGAGUUGAGCUUCAAAAUAUGGCAGUGCGGUGGUAGCAUUGAGUGGGUUCCGUGUUCGCGUGUAGGCCAUGUUUAUCGCGGCUUCAUGCCUUACAACUUCGGCAAAUUAGCGCAGGCAAAGAAGGGCCCGUUGAUCACAAUCAAUUACAAACGUGUCAUUGAGACAUGGUUUGACGAUACACACAAGGAAUACUUCUAUACAAGAGAACCGCUGGCCCGGUAUCUCGAUAUGGGCGACAUAAGCGAGCAAUUGGCGCUGAAGAAGCGUUUAAAUUGUAAAUCCUUCCAGUGGUUUAUGGACAAUAUUGCCUACGAUGUGUAUGACAAAUUCCCAGCACUACCAGCUAAUUUGCAUUGGGGCGAAUUGCGUUCAGUGGCAACCGAUGGUUGCCUUGAUUCGAUGGGCCAUCAACCACCAGCCAUAAUGGGUCUCACACACUGCCAUGGCGCGGGUAAUAAUCAACUGAUACGAUUAAAUGCCGCCGGACAAUUGGGCGUUGGUGAGCGUUGUGUGGAAGCAGAUCGUCAGGGCAUAAAACUGGCUGUUUGUCGUUUGGGUACAGUAGAUGGGCCCUGGAACUACGAUGAAAAUACGAAGCAUCUGCUGCAUCGCACUCACAAAAAAUGUGUGGCUGUACAUCCGACAACACAGCUGCUAUUCUUGGCCCAUUGUGAUGUGAACGAUGGCUAUCAACAGUGGUGGUUCAAGGCAAUCAAACCCAGAUGGCAAACAAAUUCAACGAAUUAAAACACAGUACGGGUUUCACUGAAGGACAUUCAUAUCCAGCGUUUAUGAUAUCGGAGAAUAUAAUUGUUAAAUUUGAAUAAAAUUUUAAUUGAUAACAAUUUUAGUGAAAAGUAAAAGACAAUUGUUAUUGCACUCGAGCGGCUUUUACAAUGGCAUUGAAUAUUUUAUACAUACAUACAUAUGUACGGAUUUAAGUUGUGUGUGUAUAAUAUACACUGUAUGAGCUCAUAAGCUUCGAUGGUUUAUAGAUAAUGAGAUUAAAAUCUGCAAAAUUUUAAUUUUUUAGUAUGUACGCCUAAACUGCAAAUACAAUCGCUUAGGUCAUAAGAAGUAAAUAUAUUUGGAGCUCUUAUGGUUUCGAGCGGUCGUAUUAUUCAAACAUGACCAAUGAAGCAAUAAUUAGCAAUUGUAAAGUGAGAAUCAAUCAUAAGUACAUCUAACUAAAAAUUUAAGAUAUAUGUAUAAAAUUAAGAUAUUCUGAAUCGAUUACCGUUCCAAUCGUACAAACGCAAACGUUGUUUAAGUUUUUAAACAAAAGUUUAAUAAUGAGGUUUAAAAAAAAAAACCGAACUCACGCUGACUUUUUGGCGAAAAAGAUCAAACCUUUCCUAACACUUUAUAUGUAGUAGGUAUGUACUUUUUAUAGAUAUAUAAUUAAAUGCUUCAACAUUGCCACUUAUUCAUAGAAAAUUUUAAGAAACUAUAUCUUCCAAUUAUAGUUACAUACUUAUUUAUAUAAAGUUUAUUUUUUUUAACUUCUACUAUUUAUUUUAAGUGUAUUUAGUAAUGGGGUCUGUGUCUUUCUAUUUUGUGAUAAGUAGAUAACGUUCAGUUAACGAAUCUAAAACUUUUUUCUUAUACCUACUAUACACAUAUGAGAAUAACUAUUUACCAGUUUUAUUUAUUACUUACUUUCGAAGGAAUUGCAACAGUAGAAUUAAGUCUGAGAAUUAUGCAAUAAAUGAUUUUAACAGAA